AUGGGCGAGAUGGACGAUGGCGAGCACCACCCAGUAGAGCAACAGUUAGACGAUUUGCAUCUUGUACCUGAGAGAGAGGUGUGGGGGAACGGGCGCGGACUCGGGCAGCUCCAUACCUGGGUGCUUGUUGAGCGACAUCUACACACGAGAUCUCCAGGGAAAAAACCGACUAGAAGUGCCCCGACCGACAUGUUCUACUUACGAUUACCUACUCGCUCUACUGCAUCCCGUACCACAACCUAG